CAAACCCAGUAUGUCUUAGCUCGCUGAAAUAAAGCUGGACAAGGAACUUCGAUUUAAUAUUGUCCAAGCUGUUGCAUAGUAUGGACGUAGUUGUAAAAUGUGCAAAGAGUUUAUACAACAAACGUUACGCCGUCAGUAUAAUAGGACAUUGCGACUUUAUCAAAUGAUCAGUGAUUUUUGCUAGCGAUUGUUCGUCUAGCUUAUUUUGGUUUCAUUGAAUUUAUUUCCAUUCAAGAAAAAUGUGGUGUCUCAUCAGCCAGGCCAAUUCGGUCGUUUUUGAAGUUCGAGUCGACCCCAAAGCCAUCGGGCAAGAGUGUCUCGAGAAGGUAUGCGAAUUCGUGAACGUGAGAUACGAAUCUGACUACUUCGGUUUGAAGUACGAAAACCACAAAGGUGAAGAAUCUUGGUUGAAUCUACGGAACCCAAUUGACAGACAAGUCACCUUCCAUGGCCACACUUCUUACCUUCGUCUGUCACUGCGAGUGAAAUUUUGGGUACCACCUCACAUUCUCCAACAAGAAAGCACAAGACAUCAGUUUUACUUAAACGCAAGACUGCACUUGCUGGAAAAACGCUUAACAGCGCCCGACUGGAACAGCAUUUCAAGACUGAUCGCUUUCAUCGCGCAGGCGGAAAGUGGCGACUUCAACGAAUUAGACCCUCCUCGAAAUAUCUAUAACUUAGCCGCUUCCGUCAGCCCUCUGAACCAAUCGGAGAAGCCCAACGAUUUGCUUCAGAGGAUCGUCCACGAGCACAAGGAGUGCAAAGGAAUGAAGAGUUCCUCAGCCGAGUAUUGGUUUUUGAAGGAAGUUUCGGAAUUUGAGAAUUUUGGGGAGGAGACUUUCGCCGUCAAGACCCAGAACAAUAAUAAUGCGGUGUAUGGUAUCGGCCCCCACGGAAUCACGAUCUACGGCAGAGAUGAGGAGAAGGAGUUAAUCUCGUUUACGAACAUCACUAGUGCUUCCUCUCACAAGCGCACUUUUAAGCUGGAAUACUUGACCAUCGAUAACCAGGUUGCCGUCUUAAAUAUUAAGUUAGAUUCUAGUCAUAUGGCUAGUAGCCUAUACAGGGCCAUCACCGAAGACCACGCUUUUUAUAGUUGUGAGACUGUGCGAAGUGCUGUCACGGCACAGUUCAUUCGCGACUUGAAAGGGACCAUUGUUUCAAUUUUCAACGAAGACUCUACCUUAGGCAAAAAGUAUGUCUUUGAUAUACGGAGAACUUGUAGAGAGGUGUAUGAUAACGCUAGACGAGCGCUGUAUUUAGAGAACACUACACAAGAUUUGGAGCGCAGGAAUCUCGACGAAAAUGGAAACGGGGGAGAGUGCAAAAAUUCCCAGGAGAAGCUUUCGAGAAUUUUAGACGCUAUGACCUGCAAGAUCUGCAUGGAUAGUCAAAUUGACGCGAUCUUCUUACCUUGCGGGCACGGUGUGGCCUGCACAGCUUGUGCCUCGAGGUGCGAGCGAUGUCCUCUUUGCCGAUCAGAUAUUACUCAAGCGCAGAAAGUCUUCUUGCCCAUUCAGCUUCCGAAUUUACUGCUGAGUUAGGGCAACAGACGAGGCGAAAGACUAAAUUCGCUAAAAGUUCUUGAUCUCGAAUAGUUUAAGUUUGGUUUUUCGAAAUUGUUGUGGAAGUGUUGUCAGGAAAAACAGAGUACAUUAGUGACAAUCGGAAAAGAAAUUUCGUUUUUGAAAUUAUUUUGUUGUGAUUUUUUGUUAACCAAAUCUCAUAUUGAGGUUAUUAUGUUACAAGUAAUGCAAUUAUCUAUAUACAAUUUUUACUAUGUAAAGUACCAUGGACCUAAAAUGUUUUAUUUUAAUAACUGCGACAAUAGUCAGAAACUGAGAAAAACUGUAACAAUGCAAAUUAUAUUAUUGUUAGUCAAGUCAUCAAUGCAAAAUGUUAAUUUAGGUGUAGUUUCAUAAAUAUUUGUAAAUAUCUAUAUCCAUAUAUGAUGUUAAUGUUAGUAUUAUUAAGAGAAAUUGUGUGAUAAGAAAUUUUGUUUUGUGAUAAUUAAUGCAUUAACAUGAAAUAUAUUUUCCGUUCAUUCUUGAAAAAAUUGUUGUCGAUGUUGAAUGUAUAAG